GGCAUGGACACCGAGCGCUGCGCGCCUUUCGGCGUGGGGCCCGGGCCCGGCCCCUAUGCGCCCGCGGGGGAUGAGCCUCCGGGUGCCCAGGGGACCACCGUCGCCGCGCCUCACCUGCACCCCGCGCCGCCCCGCGGCCCGCGGCUGACCCGCUUUCCGGCCUGCGGGCCCCUGGAGCCCUACCUCCCAGAGCCAGCCAAACCGCCGGCCAAGUACCUGCAGGACCUCGGGCCAGGCCCGGCGCUCAACGGCGGCCACUUCUACGAGGGCCCCGCGGAAGCUGAGGAGAAGGCCUCCAAAGCUGCCAGCUUCCCCCCGCUGCCCUUGGACUGCCGAGGGGGCCCCAGAGACGGGCCCUCUAACUUACAAGGCUCCCCAGGCCCUUGCCUGGCCAGCCUACGUGUCCCUCUGUCCCCGGGACUCCCUGAUUCCAUGGAGUUGGCCAAGAACAAGAGCAAGAAGCGCCGUAACCGCACGACCUUCAGCACAUUCCAGCUGGAGGAGCUGGAGAAAGUCUUCCAGAAAACCCACUACCCUGAUGUCUAUGCCCGGGAGCAGCUGGCUCUGCGCACGGACCUAACCGAGGCCCGGGUACAGGUCUGGUUCCAGAACCGCAGAGCCAAGUGGCGGAAGCGGGAGCGUUAUGGGAAGAUCCAGGAGGGGCGGAACCCCUUCACGUCUGCCUAUGACAUCUCUGUGCUGCCCCGAACGGACAGCCAUCCCCAGCUGCAGAACUCCCUGUGGCCCAGUCCAGGGUCUGGGCGUCCCACUGGCCCUUGCCUCGUGUAUCCAGAGGGCAUCCCCUCCCCAUGCAUGUCUCCGUAUUCUCACUCACAUGUGAACGUGGCUGGCUUCAUGGGGGUGCCAGCCUCCCCUGGAGCCCACCCAGGCAUCUACUCCAUCCACAGCUUUUCCCCUGCUCUGGGGGGCCACGGCUUUGAGCCCUCUCCAGAUGGCGACUAUAAGUCUCCAAGCCUCGUCUCGCUCAGGGUGAAGCCCAAGGAGCCACCCAGCCUGCUGAACUGGACCACGUGAUCAGAUUUGUGGACACGCAGACUAAGUUGCCACCCCUUUUCCCGUUCCCAGCUGUUCCUACCCCACGCCGGCCUGGAUACCAGAGAGGACACACCUCUGCCUCCAAGCCCCAAAUGGUUUCCUGAGGCCGGGCAGAGCAGCUGGGACUCUCAGCUUCCUGCUGAUUCUUUUCUCUUAGAAUAAGGCAGGGCUGCCCAGUAGAAAGGGGCUUCGAAGCUGGUAGGACAUCCUACCACACACUGGGUUCCCUCACCCAAAUGCUGGCUGGAGGGAGGAAGAUACUGCCUUGCUUCCUUCAGACUUCGUCCAAUUCACUGUCAUCCUUCCAGCUGAAACAGAUUAGUUGGCUCCUCAUUCAGGAAACCCAGGAAAAUGGGAGGAGAAGGACACAGAGAGGAGCAACUUGUGACUUCGGGGAAACCAGUUUCAUAUGACCAUGUAGGGUGGCCUCACUUCCCCAUCCCACCACCAGGGGGCGUGCACCCAGCGUCUGGUGCAGACCAGGACCUGGAAGAUGGAGUUCAGUGUCAAAGGUGCCCAGAUCGCCCUGCUCCAGCCAUCCCUUACUUCUCCCCUGUGUCCCCUCCCCCAACAUGCUAUGGAGUCCUCUCCCCCCUCAAACGGGGCAGAAAUUUCACCAGCAGCCACCAGAUAUGGGGUUCUCUUUCAUGGGAUCAGGCCAGAGCCAUGCCACGGAAACCGCAGGCUCCCUUGGUCUACUCAUUGGACGUUGGUAAGAAUAAAAUAGAUUUCCACAGACUCGGAGCCCCUGAGAUCCU